CUAUAAAAAUAAAUGGUCUAAGUGAUUAGACAAUAACACAUAACCUCAAAAAAUCAAUAUGAAGCUCAAAAUAAGUAUUAACUAAUUUGUUUACUACUAUCUUUAAAAACUUCGUUACAAAUAAUAAAAAUAUUCAUAGCUUGGAGUUAUCUAGAAAAAUCUUAGCAAAUAAGUGAGUUUGUAGAAUUUGAGGUAAUCAAUCAAGUAAACUGUGUCAUGGCUUCAGGUAGUUUCAAAAAGGGUUCUGAGGCAACAGAGACAAAUGAACCUUUCAAACGGCAAGGCUCAUUGCGAAAAGUUCUUCCUCCUAAACAAUAUGGAGAAUCAAUGCUUAGCAUGUCUGCCAAAAUGAUCGAACGUCCACAACAAUCUUCUUCGCAAACAAGUCUUUACAAGCAAGCUUACAGUCCAUUCUUCCAAGAGUAUAGUAUAAUGAGUGAAUACAACCUACUGACUAAGAAAUGUCUUCCAGGGCUCUAUGUUAUGCCCUCCGCUUCUUCUCCUUUAUUAUGGUUUGGUGUAUUGUUCAUCAAAAAAGGGCUCUAUCAUGGAGGUAUCUUUCGUUUCAAUUUGGAAAUUCCCGAGACCUUUCCUGAUUGCACAUGUCCGAAAGUUGUAUUCGAGUCUAAAGUCUUCCAUCCUAGUAUAGACAUUGCAACUGGCGAAGUUUUCUUGAAUCAAACAUUUCCGGAGUGGAAGAAAGAUGUGAACCAUUUAUGGCAAAUACUUGAACACGUAUUGCAGUUGUUUCUCAGCAUUGACGUCAAGGAUGCAGUCAACCAAGAAGCAUCUAAUCUCUAUGUGAACGAUAUGGAUGCCUUCGUCAACCGAGUGAAAGAGAGUGUAGACUCUUCUCAGAAUAAUUUGUUCGACGAACCGACGUCAAGUGAUCCUUACUAUCUCCGAUUCAAUCAAUAUGAUGAAACCCUCCAUAAGACAGCAAGAGAAGCUUUAAAGUCGGAAAUUAAAACAAAACGAUCUGACCAUGUGUCUGGACUAUCUUGGGUGCGCCCCGGCUCUUUGCAACCAUUUUCUCAAUCAUCUUCCUGAGGAACAAUUUUCUAUUUCAAUCGUAGCUGAGGAACACUUUUAUAAGCAUCAUCAUUUUGCCGUGGGAUUACCUUUGACUCAUCAAAGACAUCGAUCGCGAUGUCUGAAUAUUUUGAAUAAAACCUGAUUAGUCAUACUGAAACUCUAGAUAAGUAGCUCAAGAGAUGCAUGAACUGAUGACGAAUUACUGUUCUAGAGACUUAUAAUGCAGUGAAUUUCAUAUUUUUUUAAACAUAAAUAUAAUAUGUCUAUUCACUAACACUAGUAAGUAGUUUCGCGGUGUAGGUCUACUAAAGGUCUUUCAGUAUUAUAAAGUUAUAAUAGUGGGACGCUGAAUCUUUGAAUUGUUCGACAAAAUAAUGGAUUCGGUUAUCUUGGAGGCUGGAAAACCUUUCGAUCUUCGUAAACUUCUGAAGCAGUGUGUUUUAAUGAAUAUUAUCAUUAUAAAUAUCCUAUUAAUAAAUAAAUUUAAAAAUGAUACUAUAUUAUCAUGAUCCCCAAAUUUUUAAUUGGAAACUAUUAAAGGUGUCAACCAUAAACGUGAAUUAAAAUUUAGUGUAUUUACCAUGUAAAAAUAUCUUUUGACGUUGUAAAUAUUGACGAUAUAAACAACUAAGAUUUUUUUCAGUAUUAUAAUAGUGAAAAAUGUUUUAAUGUUUUGUUAUAAACACAUUUAAUUGUUGAUUAUACGUGUUUUAUUGUUUUUCAUACAAAAUGACAUUCCGUUUGUUUCUGUUGUUGUGAUACUUAGAGUAAAUAAUUCAUAAUAUAGCCAUAUAUCAUUAUAUAGUUAUGUAUUAAAUUAUUAAAAAAUCAGUCAAUAAGUUGGUGCAUUAUAUACUGGUGUCAUAACUAAUUGGCAUCCAUCAUUUGACCGAAGGAUCAUAACGAAAAAUGGCCAUGGUUUCUCACUCUCUUGACAUGUUAGAGGGGUAUUGCCAUUACAGAGAAAGUUCCAUUUUCAAGAACUAUCAUUUUUUGAUUCGCAGUAAUCGCACACAGUCUAUAUCGUACUGUAUGUGCAUAAAUUGACGUACAGAUAUCAUUCGUUCCGAAUCUAAACAAAUAGAAGUGAAUAUAGAAAUGGUAUAUUAAUACGGAUGUUUCACAGAGACAAGUAGUGCUUUUAACGAUAGUUAUAGACUCAUACUGACAAAGUUUUGUAGAAACAAGUAGUUCUAUGAAUGGCCGUCUCACAGGAACAAGUUCUCACAGAGACAAGUAUUUUCAUAGCGACAAUGUUUCGUAGAAAGUAGUAGUUCUAUAAAUGGCAUCGUUAAUAAAUUCUAUAAAUUAAUAAUAUAUUAUUGUCAUAAAUAGAAAAAAAAAUCAAAAUGAAAAUCAAGCAACAGUUCAAUAGAAACUGUAGAGUCAAUUAUUUUCCCCUGAUACCAACAAAGAUAAGUAACAACAUACAAAACUUUGUCUAAACCACU